CACCCAAUCAAAAACUGCUUCCUAUCGACGGUUUCCCAAAAGGGGCAAGAAACAGAAACUGAGCUGAGCACAUAAACAAGAGAAGAAAACCACAUCAAAUUCAAAAAAAAAAAAAAAAAAAAAAAAAAGAAAGAAAGAAAGAAAGUGAGAAAAAGAACCAAAAAAAAAAAAAAACCCAGUUGAUAAAUUGUUGCUCAAAAGUAUUAUUGGUGGUGGGUUUUCCCACUCUUCUUCAAUGGUGGGUUCAUUCUCUACACAAACUCAAGGUCUAAAACGAGCUCCAAUAACCACUGCCUUGCACAACCCAACUUCUUCAUCUAAUAGGCCUUUAACUUCCCAAUUAUCAUCAUUCAAGAACCCCAUUAUAGAUUCUUGUGGAUUUUCUUCAAAACAAGCUUCUUUUAUAAGGGGUCUGUUUUGUAGCAGACUUCUCCUUGGGUUUAGUUCCAAUGGUGCUCGAAGAAGAAAGCAAGUAGGACUUGUGGUGUCACCAAGUUGUGUCCUUCCCUUAACUGAAGAGAAUGUGGAGAAGGUUUUGGAUGAGGUAAGGCCUGGCCUGAUGGCUGAUGGCGGAAACGUUGCGCUGCACGAGAUAGAUGGCCUUGUCGUGGUACUCAAGUUGCAAGGAGCUUGCGGCUCCUGCCCGAGUUCAACAAUGACACUAAAGAUGGGAAUCGAAACUCGGCUGCGAGAUAAAAUACCAGAAAUAAUGGCGGUGGAACAGAUUCUGGACACCGAGACUGGCCUUGAGUUAAAUGAAGAAAAUGUGGAAAAGCUUCUUGCAGAGAUUAGACCGUAUCUUGCAGGGACAGGAGGGGGAAUACUUGAGCUAGUACAAAUUGACGGUUAUGUCGUCAAAGUUCGGCUUAGUGGCCCUGCAGCGGGGGUUAUGACUGUUCGAGUUGCGUUAACACAAAAAUUGAGGGAAAAAAUUCCUGCCAUUGCGGCCGUCCAGCUGCUAGAGUGAUACACCAAAACAUAUACCUUUGCAGAGAAAAGAGAAGUAGUUGAAUAUCCAUUUUUAUUCAGAAAGCAAGAGUGAAACUAUACCUUUUCGCAGCAAUGUACUGAUAGUUCCACGAGAUUUUGUACCUAUUUCCCCUAUGCCUAAUGAGAAGAUGUAUAAUUUUCGGAAAUGAGAAAAGUGAGGUGAAAUAUUCAUGUGCAUAUACCGUCUGCUUUUCGAUCUCUCAAUACCCUCUUCAAAUUUCAAGUUUAACUUCUGAGAGCAUUUUAUCUGUAUUACCGAAA